UAUCAAAACAAACACAACCUAGCAUGAAAUAUGUCGAGGAACGAUGAAAUACUAAGCUAAAUGAAUAAGAAAUGAGGGGUAAAUUAUGUACAUUUGGGCCCGAAUCACUCCGCCACACUUACACGUUUGCUUAUCCCAAGCAAACUUAGGACUCGAUAAAUACACAUGCUUUUACCCCUAUUCUUGAGCCGUUUGAGAUGUUGAUUCUCGUGUUUUAGGACGAUUUCACGCUAGGUUUUUCUUUUUUGUAAUAUUUCAGGUCCUAGUACGUGUAAAGGUUUGGGAACGAGUUCGGGGUCGAUUGGACGAAGAUUGGACAUUUGGCGAGAAGUUGAUGAAACCACAUGGGCACGCCUAAAACCCACACGGCCGUGUAAGGGAACCCAUGUGGUCGUGUGGAAAUUCCAGGGAACUCACACGGGCAGCCUGGAAAUCCACACGGCCGUGUGGUUGUGGCCGUGUGGGAUGGCUGAAGUCACUUAAUCGAAACUCCGCGUUUUGACACUCACACGGGCAGCCUGGGGAAGCCACACGACCGUGUAGUCGGGAAAUUUUGGGUUUUAACCCAAUUUCGAGCCAAAGGAGAGAGAGAGAGAGCUGGGUUUUGGAUCCCGAACACCCAAGGGACGAACCAAAGAGAGAAAAGACGAUUUGAGGGAAUUCUUAGAGUGGAAUUGGAGGAUUUCUUCGCCUUGGAAGCUCGAGGAACAAGCCCGGACUUGAAGACUGAUCAUCUGAAGAUUCUUACUGCAGUCUCUCUCUUCUCUAUGGAGUAACUUCCCUUCACUUAGGUUUUGAGGAACCCUAGCUAUGUUUGUUUGAUUGGAUGAUUGUAUGAGUACUCCUACUUGAUAAUCUUGAGUUCAUAUUCAAUCUAUGCACGUUUUCAUGAUUCAAUUCUACUUUAGUCGAGAUUAUUGAUUCUGCUUUGAUCCUAUGAGAGUGAAUACCUGAUUAGGUCAAUAGAGCACCAUAGAUUGAUAGUAGUGGAUUGAUUGCUUUAGUCGAGGGUUGAUUCACUGCUUUGUAUCGAUUAAGAACCUCUAUCAAUAGAGGGAGUCUAGUUUAGAACGCCUUGAUAGUUUGUUCUAGAGAAGGAUACGUCCCUUUAAGCAAUUGACUCAAGAGGGCCUUUUUCCUUUAGUCGAGACUCAAGGUCUAGUCAAGGAUUCUCCACAUUGUGAAUGAAAGUGAAACAAGUUAGAAAUCAUCAAUCAUUAAUUUGACUAGUGCUAGGAGGAAUCAUACCUAAGUGAGUUCCCAACCUGUAAUUAGAUUAACUUUAAAUGUAGUUUGCUAGAGUAGUUUUAGUUCUUUCAUCUUAAUCUGGUUUUCUAGAUAAUGAACUGAAGCUGGGUAAUAGUAACUCUAGAGACCUGUGGAUUCGAUAUUUAUUACUUGAGCCACUAUAAUGCAGUCUCUUUCAUUGGUUACACUUGGCCUGUGUUAGGAGUUGUGUCAUAGCGAGUCACAAACCAAGGAGGAGAAGACUAUGGAUUCGGGUUCCAGUACCAACCCCCUUACUACGGAGAACAAUCAGACCCCUGGGCAUAUCAAGAACAACCUCAUUACCAAGAAGACUUUCGCCCACAACCAGAAGGGCCAUCGGCGCUUGUGUUACCCAUGGCGGCCUUCACGGGCCAUUCUGCAGAGCCAUGCUACACUCCACAGCCAGAUCCAAACUAUGAAUUGAGGCUCCUCAUGGAGCAGUUUGCUCGAGACAGUGAAAUAUCAUGGUCCAGGAUGGAUCUUUGUACCCAGGCCUAUCGUGAAACAGAGGAGAUCCUCCUGAGCAUUAAGAAGAGCGUCGAUGAUCUUGAGCGAUCUUACGCACAACCUGCUCCAGAUCACCCUUCUGCUACCAUACUAGAAGAGGUGGAGGAAGAAGAAGGCCACAAGGACAUUGUGGAGCACACUGAAGUUGUCACGGAGAGCUCCCGUGAUGAUCAUGAUCAGGAAUGUCCUGUCGUAGCCGACCACACCUUCCCACAGCCCAAACCGAGCUUUGAAGAGGCGGGCAUGAGUGAGGAGAUGCAAGAAGAUCUCAUGAAAGAAAUUGCUUGGCAACUUGCUCUCCAAUCCGUGCUAGAAGAAGAAGAGCGAGAAAGGGUGCAGAAAGAAGUUGUGGAGGAUGACGAAAGUGAAGCAGAAGGAGUUCUUGAUCAUUUCCCAGGGGUGAUAGCACAUGAAGAAGGAAGGGACGUUGAAGAAGCAAUUGGCGUCCAAGCCGAGGACGAAGUUGAGGGGGAAGAGGCUUGCACUGGCCAUGAGUUACAUGUGAUAUCUCCACCAAACUUCGAGGAAUUGAUUAGCAAGGACCCAUUUUCAGUGUCUCUUAGCCAGACCAAGGCCACAUCGACAUCGGUCUCUCUUGGCGGACGUGAUAGUGGCCAAUCGAUGCUGUCAUAUCUGGUUUGGGGCAAUGAGACGAGAGAGAGAAGAAGAGGUCUUGAGGGUGGAGACUUCAUCUGCAUCAAGUGCACGAGCUUCCAUUACCUGUCAUACCACAUGCUCGUGACUUGAGACUCCACCUUAUCAACGAGAACCUCAACUUCAAGGAGUUUUUGGGGUGGACCGAAACUUAGGAACCAUUGUCCGGCUCACGACGUGAAAGAAGCGCUUGUUGGGAGGCAACCCAACCAGUCGCUUUGCAUUUCUUUCUCUAUUUCUCCUCGGUUGAGUCAUUUUUGUUAUUUGAUUUUAGAGUCAAUAAGUCAACCUUUGUGAGAUUUGUGUGGUGUUUGUGUUUCGACUACUCUCUCCUCCUGGAAUGCACCGCCUGCCUCGUCCACCAUCAUUCACCUUUGAUCUGGUAACUUCGUUCUACCCUCCUUAUUUUUCCUCCAUUGAGGACAAUGUCGUGCUUAAGUGUGGGGGGAUGUUCGAUUAUGUAUGCGGGUGAAUGUUUGGCUGUUUGUGUGCUUGGAGCCUAGUCCAUUAUCCAAAUUUUUAAAUUUUUAAAUUUGAGGGCUCCAAGUACUGUUCCCGGCAAAAUCCUGCUCGGUAUGCUUUGAAUUGACAGUCUUUAUGGUGAUAUGCAACCUAGGGAGGUAGUUGUAGCACUAUGGAGGAUGUUGAGGUAUAAGAUUUUUCCUAUCUGUCUCUCUGCUAUGCCGGUUGAUUUUGUGAACUAUUGGAUUUAGGACCGUUGAUUCAUGUGGUAUUGUUGACUCCUCUUAUGUUGUGUUGUGGGCUUGUGUAUCGAAAAAGGGUUCUCAAGUGUGAAAUGAAAAAAGCAGUUGGUCCUCCAUGUCAAAAAUUUGAAAUUUUAAGACAUGGGGUAAGCCAAACGUGUGUGGCACUGUUCAUUGCACAAAAUCGGGUUUUGGAGGAGAUUUUAGUGAUCCUUAGUGGGGUACUCCUACAAGGUGAAGCUAAGCUGUCUCUAGUACAAGUAAAACUUCCACCCGUUGAACGGUUUGCCUACUUGAGGAUGUGUUUUUAAGGGCACGGAUAGAGCUUCCGACCCCCCUUAAUUUCAUUGACCCUCCAAACAAGUUGAGGAAAAGGAGUUAAAAGAAGUACUCUGGCGAGCGCCAGAUGUACAGAAAUUGCUCUUGCUCGACUAAUAAGGGUCUACCGUGCAAAAGACUGCAGUUGGAACCCCCGCUAAGUGAAUGCAAAAGAAAAAAAAUCAGUAAAAUGAAAGUGAAAAAGGGGUUCCAACGGUAAAAUGAAGUGAAAGAACACCCCGGUACAACGUGUCCUUAGUUGUGAAUGGUGUGAGUCCCUUUAUCCAUGAACUGACUGUCUUACUUCCACUUCUUCUCAUGAUCCUGGCUUGAGUCUAGUUCUGGCAUUGAGAGAGACAGGCGAUGUCUUAGAAGACCAGUUGACCUAGUAAGCUGCUAUAUGAUCUAGGAAAUCCUCUACCGACGAUCGGGGUUGUUUGUUGCUAUAGAGGUCUGGAGAGUUGCAUUGGUUUGAGUUAGGUUUGCUUGGGGACAAGCAAACGGUUAAGUGUGGGGGAAUUUGAUGACUCGAUAUAUACACAUGUUUAUACACCUAUUCUUGAGCCGUUUGAGAUGUUGAUUCUCGUGUUUUAGGCCGAUUUCACGCUAGGUUGUUCUUGUUUAUGAUAUUUCAGGUCCUAGUACGUGAAUAAAGGUUUGGGAACGAG